AUGGACGAGCAGUCGAGCGGGCAGGACGUAGACCAGUCCUUGGACACGCUGCUGAAGGAGAUAGACCUGAAGAUGCAGCUGCGGGACGGAGAAGAGGGGCGGAGGGCGAGCGCACAGUCCGAGGGGAGCCUGCGGUUACCGGCAGUGAGGAUGUUGGAGCGCGGGAUGGUGGCAUCCGCAUCGCACAAAUCUGUGACGUUCGACGAGGAGCCGCCGAGCGUGCACGAGUACAGCGUGGUGAUGGACUCCAGUGCUGGGACGUCAGAGUGCGCGGAGGAAGAGCGGGAGGGGGCGGACGGGUACGAGUGCGCGGCGGACACAAUGCGGGUGCUGUACGACGAGGACACCGACAGCAGCUGCAUGGGGAGCGAGCGCGCGCUGGCGGGGCCCGCGGCGGAGGGCAUCGUGCCCGAGGGCUACAAAGAGGCUGACCUGCUUGGCACAGAGCGCGCGGGAAGCGGCACACCGUCGCUCUCGUAUGAUGAUGCCGCCGGCCUAGGGUCACCGCCGCACGUGAUCUUUACGAUUAAGCCGACUUCUCCUCUCAAUGCGUAUGACCGAGGGUCUUGGGAGCCCCUGCAGAGUAAUACCGCAAUGGACACCCCGCCCCGCGGCGGAACGGCUGUCUCGCAGCAUGGACUUUUUGCGAAGGCCCCAAAAUUGCCUGCUAUACCCUCUCCCAAUUCCAGAAGGCGUGUCAGUUAUGCGGGCAGCGACAGUUACCCCAGCGACGACUCGGCUACCGACAAGAGGUCCCUAACAGAUAAGACAGUGCCCGAUAAUAGGGGUGAGAACGAGCGGGGUGGCUUCGGCUAUGAAAACAGCGAUAGGAACCCUAGCAUUGAAACCGGGACAACUGAUGAAUACCAGUCAGCAGGCGAAUACAAGAGUAUGUCUUCCUCCGAAGCUAACGAUGAUUCGAAAACCGAGGCCUCUGUGGAGGAUCUACGUAUAUCCAAUAAACCCCAGCGGGAUACCACUAUUCAGGACCUGCACGCUACAACUCUCCCGAGGUCUUCGUCCACACUUAUUCCACCUGCUCUUCCGCCUCUGGAUCCCAGCUUCUUCGGCAGACUGGCGCGAUCGCCAUCUUACUCUCCUAUAAGGGAUAGGGGUUCAUCGGAGGGCUCUGUCGGUGAACACGAUUCGUCACUUGAACAAGACCACGAGUUGGGGAUGGGACAACAGUCAGCACGAACCAACUCUUCCGCUAGCGGAAAUAGCAGUGAUUCUGUGAUGGUUAAGCCCCUCAGCCUCUUUAGCAAUAGCCAAGUCGAUUCCUUGCAUCUAGGUGCACCUGCGCCCGAUAAUUCGACACCGAACAAAGAAGCAUUGCCUUCCGCGUGCCCACCCGACGCAAUGAAGUCCAUUGGAACGCAGACUUCUAUUCUAGAAGAUAAAGCGGAGUCCGGUCCAUCCCAGUCCAGCGCCACAUCUGAGAAAUCAGUGAUGCUUCCUAACUUCCCACGCUUUGAGUCUUUCUUCGAUGAUUCCUACCCCUUCGGACAUGACUCAGAUCGUUCCAAUAACUCUGUCAGCUAUUCUAAAAGAACCUUAAAGCCAUCUAAUUAUCUCAGUAUAUGGCAUCUGCAGGAAGCUCAGAUGCGCCACGAUUCACCGGCAUUCAGCGCUAACUCUCAAUUCUCUUGUAAAAUGGUAGGAGAGUCUAAGCGCACCUCAUUGGAAAGUUCCCGCCUCAGUGCAAAAUAUGAAUCACGUUUUAAAUUCAAGUUCAAGCCUAAACUGGUUUCGAGGCGCAGAAUAUACUACAAUAAAGACCAGUGGCGGAACUUUCAGGAGCCUCCUACUCGCUACUACAGCAACUGCACUGAAUCGGAUCACAUUUCAUCUGACGUACCUGGCACACCUGUCAGUCCAUCAAUCAAAUCGAGAAAUCUGUGUCAUGGCAGAACACGAGGCAAUAUGAAGAUGGUUGAACGGGUAAAUUCUCUUUGUAGUGCUAACGAAAGAUUAUCGUCUGCAGGCAAUGGCGAUGAAACUUUCUUGUCCGCUUCCAGUAACCUUGAUGUCACAUCUCGUCGACCAAGCGUGGAUAUUAUUUCUGAAAUUUCGACCAAAGACCUUUUGCCAAAAAUAAAACAAGAUUCGGAUGGUUUUAAUGAGUUAAUCAAGACUUUUGUUGACCAUGAUGAGCAAUCUCAGCAGACUGACUCUACUAUCGCAUCAUAUCGCCGUGGAACUCGUGAUACGACGAUAUAUCAUAUCUGGGAGCAUUCGAUACAGGAGAACAGCAUUUCAGAUUACGGAAACAGUCCUACUGCCGGAAAGGGCACCAUAAGUAAAUUACUGGAUAAUCACGAGGUGGAAUUCGAUGGCAAAAACUCCUUCGUUACUGGGUUGGGGAUCAUCAAGAAGACAGAUCAAGAUAGUCGCGUGGACGUACUACGUAUCGAUAGUACACAGGGAAUUGAAGCAAUACAAUCCUUUUCUCCAUAUAGUUAUAGGAAUGCCUUCGAUCCCGUAACCCCAACAAAGAGUGCCUAUCAUGGCUGCGAGGCGCUGCAAGCAUCGCAGAUGGGCACUCCUUUCAGGCCGGCCAUAAGUACAACCCUCCAGGCGCAAUCUGGGUUAGGGCAUAAGCGGCCGGCAGUUGAACGCCCCACGACUGCGCAGCUGGGUAACUACGUUUCUGCAGAAAUGUCGCCAGAGGUGCAGGAGCCUGCAGAAGAAACAAAGAAACGUACUGACCUACAGGAUAACGGACAACUUUAUUUUGUUUUCGUUGGGAUUGAGCAACUUGCGCUUCGGGAUAUCGAACGUCACAGCGCUGAGUGUAGCAUCGAAUUCGAUAAUGGCAACAACGUGGUACAAUCAGAGUGGUUACCAUUGCCCAAAUCUGGCAGCAUGUCGUUGAACCAGGAGUAUUCUGUGAUCAUUGCCGAGGAGUCUUUGCCAAAUAUGAUUAUCACCCUAAAGUGCCGUUACAAGAGCCCUAAGAAGGAGCUUGUCGAAAUAACCGAGAAGGUGCCGUUGAAGAGCAAAUGCUGCGGCCUCGGAAAGCCGAAGUACAAGCAGGUAAAAAAGUUGCUGCGCAGAGAGAUGGAUUUUGACGAGUGGGACUACAAGAUUGCCCAAGACGGAUCCUUCGCGCGCUGCAAGGAACAAAUUGAUGAAGAACUACUGAAGAACGUACGAUAUAAGAAACAGCAGUUCCGCUGGACACUGCUUAGCGAAUGGGAGCGUGAUCACAGCAAGGAGCACAAGCGUAAGAGAGCAUGGGAGCUACCGCGGCUGCCAGCGCACCCUGCGGGGGCGCUUGUGGUCGAUAUGUGCUAUUUACCCCGGACAUCGCGGUUUGAAAAGUUCCCGAAGACACUCCAGAUUGCACGGCGGGUUGUCAACAAGUUCAAGGAACAGAAAGCCAUCGCAAUGGAGGGUUUCAUGUGGCAAGAAGGCGGUGAUACAGAGGUCCUGAAGCGCCGCUACUUCACUCUCAAUGGCACGCAACUGGUCGCGCAUCAUGAGAUUACAAAGAAACCCAAGGCUAUGAUCAAUCUACUGCGUGUAGAAAAGCUGCUCACGGAGGCCGAAAUAUCCCGCGAGAUGUUGAGCUCCUCCAGCAGGUGCUUCACAGAUCUGGUGCUGCUCCACGAAUGCUUCGUCUUGUUCUUCGAAAAUGGGGAAGAGAUCAUGUUUAACCCAGAUACGAAAACUGAGAAGCUAGAGUGGAUAGAAAAGCUGCGAAAAGUAAUAGAGCUGAACAGGUUUCACCAACCAUGGGUUAAAAAGUUCUUGAAUAGCAGUGAGAAUAUUCUCUGA